AUGGAGAAGAAAAUGGGAGGCAUAACAGCUGAAGCUAUUAUCCUCGUUAUUUUUCUCGAAAUAUUUUCAUUUUCCAAUUCUGCCCCUCUCUUCACUAGCUCCCGAUGGAUAGUGGACCGGGCCACUGGGGAUCGGGUAAAGUUCGCGUGCGCCAAUUGGGUCUCGCACUUGCAGCCCAUGAUAGCUGAGGGGCUCGAGAAGAAGCCCCUGGCCCAAAUAGCCAGGCAGAUAGCCGGAAACGGGUUCAACUGCGUCCGGUUCACGUGGGCCACAUAUGCCUUCACCCGGCCCGAUUACAGCGGGCUCACGGUUUCACAGUCCCUCGACAAGUACAACCUGACGGCCGCAAAAGCGGGCCUCGCGGCUAACAACCCGUGGGCCAUGGGCCUGAAGGUGGUGGAGCUCCACCGGGCCGUGGUGAACGAGCUCGGGAAGAAUAAUCUGAUGGUGGUGCUCGAUAACCACGUCAGCUUGCCCGAUUGGUGCUGUGGGCCCGACGACGGUAACGGAUUUUUUGGGGACCCGAAUUUUGACGCGAGCGAGUGGCUGCAGGGCCUGGCUGCGGUCGCAAGAACGUAUAAGGGUAAUCCGGCGGUUGUGGGCAUGAGCAUGAGGAACGAGCUGCGCGGCAGCCGACAAAACGAGGCCGACUGGUACAAAUACAUGCAAGCCGGCGCCAACACAAUCCACACUGAAAAUCCCGACUUUCUCGUCAUAGUCUCGGGUCUCUCCUUCGAUACAAACCUCGGCUUCUUAAAGACCAAGCCAUUAGACGUGAAGUUCGACAACAAAUUAGUCUUCGAAGCUCACUGGUACACGUUCGGCAUCCCUGACGACCAAUGGACAUCUCAAACGAACAACUUAUGCGCGAGCGUGACCAAAACGGCUCGUGAUAAUCAUCUCUUUUUGACUUCUGGAGAAAACCCGUUUCCACUUUUUCUGAGCGAGUUCGGCAUUGACCAAAGGGGUCAAAACGAGGCCGAUAACAGGUACAUAAGUUGCUUGCUGGCUGAGGUGGCGGAGAAAGAUCUCGAUUGGGCAUUAUGGACUUUUCAGGGAAGUUACAUACUUAGACAAGGGACGCGUAAUUUGGAAGAGGUUUAUGGAAUAAUGGAUCUUAAUUGGGAUCGUUCGAAUUCAGCACGUCCAACCUCGUACAUAAUGUUCCACCCACAGAGUGGGCAGUGUGUGCAAAUCGGAAAUACCAAUAAUGUUCUACUAGCAAAUUGCAAAGCCGCCAGCCGAUGGGACCAACUCAAAGACGGGGGCCCAAUUAAGAUGGCGGGAAACCCAAGAUGUCUGGUGGCUGGCCCAGUUACCAUUGAAGUUUCUAAUGACUGUUCAAGUAAGUGGAAGUUCGUGUCGAGCUCAGGCCUUCAUUUGGCGGCCCAAAAGGGACAGGGGAGCUAUUUGUGCUUGGAUGGUUCGAACACGACUCUUGUGGGUAACAAGUGUCUUUGCGUUGGGGACGAUCUUGUUGAUCUUCCUACGUGCGCCGACAAUCCACAAGUGCAGUGGUUUAAGUUUGUGCCUACCAAUACCAAAUCUAUUUUCCUCUUCCUUUUUCUGCAAAUCUCGGCAUUUUGCAAUUCGGUCCACCUAUCCACCAGUUCGAGAUGGAUAGUCGAUCAGGCAACCGGAAAACGAGUAAAACUCGCCUGCGCGAAUUGGGCCUCACACUUGGAGCCCAUGAUAGCCGAAGGGCUCGAGAAGAAGCCCUUGCGCGACAUAGCCCGACAGAUAGCCUCAGACGGGUUUAACUGCGUGAGGUUCACCUGGGCCACAUUUAUGUUCACGAGGCCCGAUUAUUCCAACCUCUCGGUUUCCCAAUCACUCGACAAGUACAGCCUGGCGGCUGCGAAAGCCGGCAUUGCUGAAAACAACCCGCAAUUUUUAAAUGUGACGAUAACCGAACUUCACCGUGCUGUGGUGAAGGAGCUCGGGAGGAACAAUCUAAUGGUGGUGCUCGAUAACCACGUCAGCGAGCCAAAAUGGUGUUGUGGGCCCGAUGAUGGUAACGGGUUUUUCGGCGACCCGAGCUUUGACCCGUUAGAAUGGCUCAAAGGAUUGUCGGAAGUUGCUAGGAUAUACAAGCGCAGUUCUGCGGUUGUGGGCAUGAGCAUGAGAAACGAGCUACGAGGAAAUCGACAAAACGAGGCGGAUUGGUACAAAUUCAUGCAAGAUGGAGCAAACACCAUCCAUAAAGAAAGUCCCGAUUUUCUCAUCAUCGUCUCAGGGCUAUCGUAUGAUACGAAUCUCGGGUUUCUAAAGGCGAAGCCUUUAGGAAUAAGCCCGAAGAACAAAUUAGUGUAUGAAGCUCAUUGGUACACCUUCGGCUCGUCCAAUGAUAAAUGGACCGACCAAACGAACGGCAAAUGCGCGAGUAUUACAAAAGCCGCUCGGGAUAAUUUCCUUUUCUUGACAACAGGGGACAAUAAUAGUGAUCCUUCACCUCUUUUUCUAAGUGAGUUUGGUAUAGACCAAAGUGGGGUAAACGAGGCGGAGAAUAGGUACGUUAGUUGUCUGCUUGCUGAGGUGGCGGAGAAGGACGUUGAUUGGGCAUUAUGGGCAUUUCAAGGCAGCUACAUGCUGAGACAGGGGACAGUUGAUCUCAAUGAAACUUACGGGGUUACGAGCUUUGAUUGGGAACGUCCGAGGAAUCCGAACUUUCUAGACAGAUUGCAAUUUAUCAGACAAAUUAAUCAAGAUCCAAAUUCGAAAAAACCGACCAAAUACGUAAUUUUCCAUCCUCAAAGUGGGCAGUGCGUGCAAAUUGGCAAGGACGAUAAUAGCCUCUUGCUAGCUAACUGCAAAAGUUCGGAUCGAUGGGACCAACACAGAGACGGGGGCCCGAUUAAGCUGGCCGGAAAAUCGCGGUGGCUCACGGCGGAGGGAGAGGGUGGUGCGGCAAGUCUUUCGAAUAAUUGCUCGACUAAUUGGAAGUUGGUAUCAAGCUCGGGGCUCCACUUGGCGGCGGAAAUCGGAGGCGGGAAUUAUGUGUGCUUGGAAAAGAAUGGUUCGGGGCCCACAGUUGUAACGAACAAGUGCUUGUGCGUUGGUGAUGACCUAGCCGACCUUCCUACGUGCAAUGACAAUCCGCAAGUACAGUGGUUUAAGCUUGUUGCCGUCAAUGUGUAG